CUUUCCAUCCGGAGAGGAUCCUGUUGGGAUUUUCUGUAAGUGUGGCGUGUCGUAACGUUCCAGUACUCCCAUUUCUAUACGAAAUUACAUACCCAGCAAACCAGCUACUUCGUUCCUCCUCCCACUCUCUGAUUCAAUUAUACGUCUUAACAUUUCUGCUAAAUUAUUACCGCAAUAUUCAACAUAUCCAUUUCUCACAACCCUAUUUCUCAUAAUCCAAAUCAAAUCAUCGAGAUGGGUUUUGCCAAGAAAGAUCACGAGUUUCUGAGAGCGAUCGGUCUGGCUCCCGAGAAUCCAGGAGGAUUCAUCAAUGGCAAGUGGAAGGCGAGCGGCCCAUUUAUCUCCACUGUCAGCCUUUCCAACAAUCAGGAAAUUGCGAACGUCACGGAAGUGUCGAUGGAAGAGUAUGAGGAGGACCUGUGGAGCUGCAAUGGUGCUGCAAAGACAUGGAAGAGUCUUCCGGCGCUGAAGAGAGGUGAGAUUGUUAGGCAGAUAGAAGAUGCAUUGCGAGAGAAAUUGCAGCAUCUGGGGAAGCUUGUGUCCCUCGAGAUGGGAAAAAUACUUGCUGAAGGAAUUGGGGAAGUUCAGGAGGUUAUCGAUAUGUGUGAUUUUGCUGUUGGACCAAGUCGACAACUGAAUGGAUCUAUCAUACCUUCAGAACGUGAGCUCAAAGUUUAUAUUUCUUGCUAAUUUCUAUUUUAUCAUCCUCUGUUUGAUUAUGCGAUAGUUGGUGUCAUCACCGCUUUCAAUUUCCCAUGUGCUGUUCUUGGAUGGAAUGCCUGCAUUGCGUUAGUCUGCGGUAAUUGCGUUAUCUGGAAGGGUGCACUAACAACUCCGUUGGUGACUAUUGCUGUCACAAAGCUAAUCGCUGAGGUUCUUGAGAAAAAUGACUUACCUGGUGCUAUAUUCACUGCCUUCUGUGGAGGAGCUGAAAUUGGUGAAGCAAUAGCAAAAGACACACGGAUACCCCUGGUUUCGUUCACUGGAAGCUCAAAGGUAGGUGUGAAAGUGCAACAAAUUGUCACUGAGAGGUUCGGUAAAUGCUUACUUGAAUUAAGUGGAAACAACGCCUUAAUUGUUAUGGAUGAUGCCGAUGUUGGGCUGGCUGUGCGUUCUAUCUUCUUUGCAGCUGUUGGCACUGCUGGUCAGCGCUGCACAAUUUGCCGUAGAUUGUAUCUCCACGAAAGUAUAUACCAAAACGUGUUGGAUCAACUAGUUGGACUUUACAAGCAAGUCAAAAUUGGGGAUCCUUUAGAGAUGGGAACUUUAGUCGGACCAGUACAUACUAAGGUGUCAAGGGAGAACUUUGAGAAAGGGAUUUCAACCAUAAAAUCUCAGCGUGGAAAGAUCCUUACAGGCGGAUCGGUUAUAGAGUCGGAUGGCAAUUUUGUGCAACCAACAAUUGUUGAGAUUGCUUCAAAUGCUUCUGUGGUGAAAGAAGAAUUGUUUGGCCCCGUUCUCUAUGUUAUGAAGUUUAAGACUCUUGAAGAAGCAGUUGAACUGAACAAUUCAGUACCACAAGGAUUGAGUAGUUCAAUUUUCACCAGCAAGCCGAAUACCAUUUUCAAAUGGAUUGGGCCGCAUGGUAGUGAUUGUGGUAUAGUGAAUGUAAAUAUACCUACAAAUGGAGCUGAGAUUGGCGGUGCCUUUGGUGGAGAAAAGGCAACUGGCGGUGGUCGUGAAGCAGGGAGCGACUCCUGGAAACAAUACAUGAGACGUUCAACAUGUACAAUCAACUACGGGACUGAACGACCACUUGCUCAAGGUAUAAAUUUCGGCUAGUGAACCAGGCAUCACAGCAAAGCUCGGUCUAAUCUCUCGGUCAUGACUUGUCAAGGAAGGUACAUUCUGCAGAAUGUGCUGUGUCAUGGUUACGAGUACCGGGCCAGCUUGAACGCGCUAAAAAGAAACCCGAAACAGAUGUUUAUGAUGAUUGGUUUAGAUUUCUAAUCUUGAUAAAUAAAUGGUCUUUCAUUUUUCUUUUCUUUGAGAAAUAAAAGCAGUCUUUGUUCAAA